AUGCACACAAAGCGCAGCACCCGCGGCAGAAACGUGAAACAGCCUGCAAUCUACAAAUAUGAACCGAUCCGCAAGGGAGACGACAUCAGGCUGUUGAGCCUCCGCCCGGGAAAACCCGGGGACAUCAUCCGGGCAGAUCUCGAGACUGUCAGCGUUCUUGCACGCCGUCAUUACUACGACGCCAUAUCAUACACAUGGGCAGAUGAGAAUGGCGAUUCCACAAAGUGUUGCAGCCUCAAGAUUGGAUCCCCAGGGGUGCUUCUCCCAAUCACCCGUAACUGUGACUCGGUCUUGCGACGGGUGCGCAAGCACACCGACAGGGUCUGGAUUGACGCAGUGUGUAUCGACCAGGACAAUGUCCGAGAACGCGGACAGCAGGUCGAUUUGAUGCCCCGGAUCUACAAGAGCGCGGUGCGAACCUUUGCUUGCGUUGGGGAGGCGUCAAGGGAGAGUGAAUUGGUCCUCAGAAAUCUGUCUGAAGGCAUUUGGACACCGCCGCAUCUUCUAGGCCCUUUCUUUGCGCGCCCGUAUUUCUCGCGUGUCUGGGUCGUCCAGGAGGUCGCGCUUUCGAAGAGCGUCAUCAUGAUGUGUGGCGACACUGCUGUAGAGUGGACCGGUUUCAUGCAGGGCGAAUAUCUGCGACAACUUUACAUUUCCAGUUACUGA